AUCUUUAGAUUUUCGCACGGUAACACCUGAAAAUGUUUCUCCCGUCAGUGCAAAUUACUUAGUUGUUGUUAUUUCAGUGAAUGUUUUUAUAUGUACUACAUAGUACACAUAAAUACCUUGAUAUUUAGGUUAAUUUAUAAUAUUUCUUCAAGGUGAAGUUAUGCACGUGGUGAACAUACGUUUGUUCGUACGUAAUAUAUGUUGGGUACGUAUAUAUGGCACAUGGUUUUGAUAAAUAUCUCUUCCCAUAUUACUACAGUACAGUCGUAAGUUUCUGACAAUGGAUAUGAAACUUACGUUUCACACCAUUUCAACGUUAUCAUGUUCAGGUUUUAAGUUCAAAGCUUUAAAAAUGGGAAAGUUGAGUGAAUUCGCUGAUUAGGAUUUAUGUAUAUAAAUUAUCUUUGAUACGCACCAUACUUCCACUUCUCAGCAAAUUGUGAAAUUUAACUCUGCGCACUUUGAUUAAUAUUUUAAUUUCCAACUAAAAGAAUGUCGAAUUAACGUUCAGAAAACUGUAGCGAAUAACUUAUUACCCUAAGAGCUCAUAAUUGCUUGUUAGAUAAAAUUAUAAGGUGUCUUUUCAAUGUGUCAAACCUAUGCAAUCCCAAGUGUUCUAACUAUUCAUCAUUUUAACAUCCAAAAGUCAUAAGAUUUAUGGUUGUUGUCCUAAUACGCAAAUAAAUUAUUUAAAAAUUGUUUUCUAGCGGCCCUUAGAGUUUUCUUGAUGAAAAAUCAAUGGAUUAAUUCUCUAUUAUCAAAUUUUUUGGUACUAGUGCUAUAUUUUUAUUUUUCUCUUGAUAACAGGAAAAUAGCACACGUAAAAAUUCGGAUUUAAAUACCCUUGAAUGCAUAAUCAACUAAGUUGACAGUGGUACAUAUUAGUAAUAAACAUUCAAAGUAUGGUAGUAUUGAGCAGAUACAACUGGACUGAAAUAGUAGUAGUAUUAGAUUAAUUCCAUAAUUAAACCUUUUAAUUGCCAUGAAUUCAUAUUGAAACUAGCAUUGGGAUAUUCAGGAGUUUGGUAGCAAUAAGUUGAAUCUAAGAUUGAAUUAGAUCGGUGCAAUACAUAUUGUACUGAGGUAACUGCGAAAUGUCCAGUGUCAUUUAGUUGCUUCUCAGGCAGAUCAAAGCAAUAGUCAAAAAUUAUCAACAGAUGGGUAUAUAAAUCGACAACCAACCAAAUAAAUAUUAGAGGGAUUCACACACAGGGCGUUGAGUCAGUUGCACAACUGAGCACAAGCCAACUAACAGAAUGGGAUUUAUAAAUUUGACAGUCACAUAUUGGGAUCCAAACUGAGUUUACAGUCAUUUGAAUUCAAUGUGUUCGUAUGAAAUUCCAUAAAUAGUCAUCAGUGACCCACAAAGCAUUCGUCAAUUUGUACCUCGUGAUGGGCAGGUGAAAAAUCCAUCUACUUCCCAGACGGCAAGCAUACUGUGCUGGAGUUUCCUGUGUAUUUUUCAUGUAUAUCAAACCUGGCUUUUGAGGGCAUACAUGGAAACAUCUCUGUGAAUAUUAAGACAUUCUGUUUGGUGGUGGUGCGCUAAUCGUACCCGUGAUUUGAGAUAUUGGUUAACGUACCGAAAAACCAUUCCUAUUCAGUCACAUGUACGUUUUUGAUCCUUAUUUACAAAUUGGUUCCAGUUUUACUUCAAUUCCUCCCCUAAUUUCUUCCUUUUGAAUUAUAUUUCCUGUGUUUAUUUGAUCGAUUUCAUUGAUAUCAAUAUUUUGCUCUCUGUUUUUAACCCUACUAACAUUCUAUCGUGGAUAUGAUUUCACAACCAAGAUCGGAGAACAUCACUGUCAAAUCUUAAAUUGUAUAUGACUAGCUGACUGUAACUGAACCUAUAUCUUAGUCCACUAACCCGAUUUCGUUAUGAUAUGCACACCGUUUCUUGCAGUUAUUGAGUGAGGCCAGCUUUCAGGCUCCAGAAUUUCAUAUGAUAUAGAGUAGUAUUAACGUUCUAAAACCAGAUUAACUACGAAAAUCGUCUUGGUAAACCAGUGUUAACCUUAUCUGAAUCUGAGAUAAAGAUUAAUUAUUAUUUGUAACGAGCUGUCUACUUAGUAAAUAAACUUUCUAAAGUAUUAUAUAUCUCUUUACAUCUUCAUUUUAAUCUACUUGUAAAUUUUUUCUCAGAAAUUGAUUCAAAAACACCAAACGGUUGUCUACGUUUUUUAUUGCACUAAACGUACAGUCUUUCAAUGAAAAUAUUUCUUUUUCUAUUUGUCCAGUUAACUUGGUAGACCUUUAUUAAGAGAUAUGUGCUUACACCGAUUUCCAGAGUGAUGCUCAAGUUAUCUACAAAUGAGAUUACAACCAGCUGUUUUGCUUCUUGUCUUUUGGUAUGCCUUGCGUGCUUUAGAAAAUUCUAUGAAAAUGAUUUCUGUCGAUUCAAAAUCAUAUAACCUUUAUAAGUGGGAAUACAUCGGUUUUCAAGAAUCUAUUAUAUCACACCUUUCAUUUGUGGAGAAAACUACCAACUUUCUUCGGCAAUUAGCUGAACACUACACUAUUCCUCGAAAAUGCAUACUAGAAAAUGAGUUUAUGCGUUACUGGAAUGUAUCUAGCGUGCCAUGGACAUACGAUAAGUAUCUUACUACGUCAAUUAACAGUAUCCUACUUCGCUGGCAUGAAGUUUCUGAUGAAUGCUAUUUGGCUGUGAAGGCAAUUAUACCUUUAUGUACAAUCCAGUUCAACCGUGAAUUUUUAUGUAGUGACGAAAGCAUAAAAAAUUUUUCCCACAAUUUAAUAGGAAAAGCAAAACUAUUUCUUUUGACAGGAAAUGUGUCUGUCGACACUAUGCUCAUUGAGAUUAUUAUACUGUCAAACUGUGGAUAUCAUGAUAUAGCGAUACAAAAGUCACACAGCAUUAUAAAGUAUUUUCCUUCCUUACCGGCUUAUAGAUUGUUGUAUGCAGAGGUUUUGUCAAGAAAUCCAAGUCCAAAUUCGUUAUCACAGGCUCUGAAAGAAAUAACCUUUGCUGUACAAAUUGAGGGUUCAUCCACCCUAUAUAGAGAGAAAAAGUUGUCACUUUUGCUGCGUUUAGGAUAUUUAAGAGAAGCACGAGAGGAAGCUGGAAAAAUAGAAGAAAUUUUAAACGGAAGCAGUUUAAGAUCUUGUUAUCUUCAACGACACAAUUGUUCUAACGGUUUUAAAUAUUCCUCACAAUCUUUAGUUGCUUGGAGACCGUGGUUCCUUUUAGGUCUAUUUCAUCUUACCAGUGGAAACCUAUCUGUAGCCGCUGAAGAUUUUACCAUUGCAUUUAAUUUAGCUUCAAUAACCUUGUCAACUGAAAAGCAAUUAUCAGAAUCAAUUAUGGGAUUGCUUAUGUAUAUGAAAGCACUAUCACAACACUACACUUCUAAAUUACAAGAUGCUAUGGAAUAUUCGGUCAAUGGUACGCGAAAUUACCCGUUUAUCAUGGACACUACGUUACUAUUAGCUCAAGGUGCUGCACGUACUUCUUUGUAUUAUAAUGCACUGAAUAUACUCAGCAUAUCAUUACGGCUUGUGAAUGUUGUUGAUGAUGGUAAUAAUAAACCAUUUAGUGUUGAAUAUAUCGAAACAUUUGCUGAUUCAAAAUUAGUUAAACACCAAGUUCUACAAUUACGUGCAUUGGUCAAUUAUAGAUUGGGUGAUAUAAUUCAGGCAAAUACUGACGCUAAGUUUUGUUUGGAAUUAUCACCAUUAGAUGGCCUUUGUGCUUAUAUAAAAACAUUGUGUGCCUUAUGUACUGGAUCACUGAUGAGUGCAAUGAAAUCUUCUAUUCCUGUUCUUUCCUACAAUUUCAAACAGGAUUUACAAAACUCCUCUGAGAUUUUCCAUCUGAAGUAUCUAAGAGAAUGGAUCCGAUAUACGCACAAUCAUUUAUAUCAACCGUUAAAUGAAUUUCAUUGGUUAAUUGAUCUUCCAGAAGUGUUUGUUCAUGGAUGGGUUAAAGGUGUGCCAACAGAGACAGUUGAAUCUCAAAUUACCCAGCCGGGUAUCAUAUCGACUACUUCUAACCUUGUCAUGUCACCAGAUCUUAUGAAAAUGAUAUUAAAUGAUAAUUCAAGUCAAUUUUCAAAUCAAUCAACUAAUGGUAUAGAAUGCAAUCAGAAAUCAUUUAUAUUAACUAGUCAACCUGUUUAUUGUCAAAAGAUUUAUUUAAUUCAAUUAAAAAAUUAUCUGUGUAAUUUAUCAAAUCAAAUUGGUGUAUUAAUUUCAUAUGGGGAUUUAAGAAGUAAUCAGGCUGUUAACUCAAUUGUUACCAAUCCUCGUCAUCAAUUAGCACUAGCUAUCGGAACUAUAUAUAGUGCGGAAUUAAUUCGUAAUUCAUGGUGUCGUCAACGUCGUGUAUCUUUUAAUACAUGUUGGGCAUAUCCACAAGAUAUUCAAUAUUACCAACAAAAAUCAUUUACAAAAUUUCCAUUUUUUAGUAAAAAUUAUAUGAACCAACUGGUGAAUAAUUGUAAUUCACUAUUCUCAUCAUUCAAUAAUUACAAUAAAAAUACAACUUUCCAACCAAUAAAUUAUUUAUUAUUUAAACGUUUAUGUAAAUUAAUAAAACAACAAAAUAUUGAAAAAACUUAUUCUCCCGAUUGGUUUGUACAUGCAAGUAUUACAGCUAGACUUUUACAAUUAACUGAUCCUUAUGAAAAGUUAGUAUUUUGGAAAAUAUAUGAAUCUGAUAAAUAUAAUAUUUAUGCAAAUAAUCAUAGACAACAUUCAUUAAAUUCUUAUAAUGAUGAAGAUGAUGAAGAUUCAAAUGGACCAAUGCCUUCACAUUCUUAUCAUUCUUCUUCAUAUUAUGUAAAUAAAGAAAAAAAUCAUUUUGGACAACAAAACAAUCAUUGGGAAAACGGUGUAGUAUGGGAUGAAAAAUUUUUCAUAAAAAAUGGACAAAUUUAUAAUGAAUAUAUCAAGUACUUACAACAGUCUUUCAACAUGAUCUUACUAUUGAUCAAAGAACAACUUCAACAUCAUUCCGAACACUUGAAUGUGGAUGAGAAUAAUUUUGAGGUUAAUUACCUGCUUAUGGCAUACGAAUUUGAUCGAUGUUAUUCUGAUUAUAACAAUCAUUUACUCAAUCAAACUGUGCAACAUUGUUUGAAACCUACAUUCGAUAAAUUAUGGCACUACGCACAGUUAGCACAUUUAACUGAUGAUAAACUCCAAGUUUUUAUGAACAUUUAUGUUCCAGGAACUAUGAAUCCGAAGGAUGAUGGGAUACUAUUAAUGCCAUUAUCACCCCAGUCUAGGCCUAUUAAACGCCAUUUAGGUGUUGUCUUGAAGUUUGUAAAGCACAUUACAGAUGAAAAUUAUUCGUUAUCGCUUCUGUAUAUUUCUAGUCCACAACAUCAUACUGAAUUAAUCAGUGAACUGGAUUCAGCUUUUAAAAACUAUCUAUUGCAUGGUGAAAAAGCUUUAACUGAUAUUUUAGCUAACUCUAGUGUCAAAGGAAAGGUAUUUGAUUCAUCGUCAUUUAGUCAUAAAGAACGUUUACAAAAUGCAAUACAAAGCACAUUUGACUGGCUGUAUUAUUGGAGUAUAUUAAAACCUAUUUCAUCUGAAUACAGUUUUGUAAUUGGUUAUAGUAUGACAUUGGGUAUGCUGCGCGCCCUCGGUCUAGAACCAGUUGCUGCUUUACCAAAACAUGGAGUCAAUUUGGAACUAGAGUCAAUAUUUAUUGGUUCACCUACAGAAUUUGGUAAUCUAUGUCGGGAAGUGCUAGGCCUAGUAGAGUUACCAAAAUCAAGUAUUUCGUUAUCUUGGAAAGUUUCUCCGGAAGAAAUUAUCCAGAGUCCAAAACAUGUUUUAGAAUUUAUGAAUUUACAGUUAGUAUCUGAUUGUGUUAAAUAAAAAAAUUUGAUGCAAAAUAU